AUGUUGUUGUUGUUUUUGUUUGGAGGGAUCGGUGUUGUCUUCCCAGUUGGCUUCUUCUUUGUAUCGAUCUUUGCCUUCUUUGUUGUAGCGGCAGUGGUGGUAGUCGUUGAUGUCUGCUUUUUCUUCUUCUCUUUCUUCAUUACUGUAGUUGGAGUUGGUAUGGGCUUUGGAGCAACCAUACUUGCUGCAACAUGUUGCGCCCAACUUGGUUUAGCCACUGCUACAGUUGGAGGAGCAACGACAACCGCACUAGUAGGUGUCAUUGAUGAUGUUUGCCUUAAGUGUUUCUCAUCCUUUGUCUUUAACGUUGUUGUUGAGGUUGAAGUUGAAGUUGUUGUUGUUGUUGUAGUUGUCGAGGUAGUUGGUGUCUUUGCAUUUGGUUUAGGUUUAAGAAGUAUUGGCAAGGAAGGUCUUGUUGGUAGACCUUGUUGUUGUUGUUGUUGCUUUUGUUUAUGA